UUAUGAAUACAUCAUUUUCUAUGUAUUAGGAAUACAACAUGAAUUAUGAAGACAUGCAUUCUGUUAUUACAUCAAGUCAAAAAAUGUUGUAUUCUCAUGAUACAUGUAUUACUGAGAAUACAAUACAAGAGAGAAUAAGAAGAGGAAAUUAAUAAUGGAGAUAAAUGUAUAACUAAUGGAGAUGAAGACAUUAAUAUUGAUGCACAUGGUGAUGUUGCUCAUGUCGGAGGAAGUGCAAACAAGUAAAAAUGAAAAUGUGCAGUAAUCUUUGACGAUGGGGAGUAAGUAGAAGGGUAAUUUUAAAAUGUGGUUAGGAGUCAGUCCAGAUUUUUCUUUCAUUUUCGUAAAAGGAGUUUAGUCGAUGAGUUAGUUGCUUACAAUGUCGAAAAACACUAUUUAAAUAUUAUAAAUUAUUGAAGUGCUUUAAUAAUUUGGAUUCUCUUAUUCUAUCAAACAAUUUGAAUGUUUCAACUAUUUGAAUAUUUUAGAUUUGCUUAUACUAUCAAAACCCACCUAUCUCACAUACAAUUAGAUGAUAUUAUUUAUGUAAUAGGUAAUUGAAUCCGGCCAACUGACCGGGCCCGUGACUAGUACUGGUUGAUAUUGCAAUUCUUCUUUAAAUAUUUCAAAAAAUUUAGAGGAGCUUAGUUCUAUCGCACGAGAAAAUAAAAAAGUAAAUGUUAUAUUUUUUCCUUACAAUUAUACCUCAAAUUAUAAUUGGAAUAUAAUUUAAUAAAGUAUUUAAUUUGGUUGGUUCUUUCUUUCUUUUUUUUCCUGAUAACUUUUGAAAAAAAAAUCAUCAUGAAAAGUUAAAUAAGUUACAAAACUUUUUCAGUCAUUAAUGACUUUCUUAAAUGCCAACUUUCAACUACACCCCGACCCUAUUCACUUUCUUUCCAAAACAAAAAAAAGUAACAAAUAAAACAAAGUUUUAUCAUAAAAAAGUUGUACGCUUGUCGCUCUUGGUUGUUUUGAUAUUUUGUUUUCACGUGUUAUGUUAUAUAGAAUUUCAAUUGUUGUAUUUUAAAAAAGUGAUCAUUAGACAUUUAAUUACUUGAAUUCACUUUUUCUCAUUCAAACCGUAUAUUCUUAUUUCAAAUGCAUGUAUUUCAGAAUACAUAGAGGCUGCCAAUUAAAAGCCCCAACUAACCUCUUAAUUUUUUUUCAAUUUUUAAAUAAAUAAAAAAUAUUUUUUGAACUUUAUUUAAGCUGUUGGUUCACAUUAUUCACUAAUUAAACUUUUUUUGUGAAGUCUCAUAUAACCUCUUUGAGGGUAGAGAUCCAAACAGCCAGAACUUGAUACUGAAAAGAGUAAAGCAAAAAUAAUUCUCAUAGUUUCACAGGUUAGGUUUCUUGAUCAAAUUGUGUGUGAAUUUUACAUCUUUCUCAUCACAGUGAAUAGUAUUGAUAUAUUUUUGUUGUUGUUGUUGUUUGGGUGUUCCAGAUCUGAGAGCAAAAAGGAGACAAGCAGCUAGUACAAAUUGUGCAUGAUGGAUUUCCCACCACUUAUCAAAGAUUACUUAUUGGAUGAGGACUCCACGAGCAGCAACCCGACUGAUGAACCUGCAGCAGCUGUUGGCGUGGGAUUUGCAGCGCUUCCUGCCUCAUCCCCAACUGAUGCUCGAGAGAUGUUUCUUGAUGAGUUCCAAGCCUCUGCUGAAGCUAAUCUCGCUAAGCACAUUGACGCCAUGGCGGCGAUGCCGUGGAUCGGGAAGAUGGUGACUAAGCAUAACAUGAAGGGUGCUGAACCACUGCUUGGUGGCGUUCUCAACUACAUUACCGACGAGAAACUGUUUCAGGUAGUGUAUCGAGAUGGCAGCACUGAGACCCUUGGUAUCGACAAGCUGCGCGAUCGCAGGUCUCUUGCUUUGCUCUUGGGUGAUGAUGAGGAUGACAUCAAUUUUGAUCCCAAUUUGUGGGGUAAAGGUGGCGAUCAGCAGGAGGCAGGGGAUGAUGUUGCUGCUGCUGCUGCUAUGAACAAUGUAGUUCAUCAUCAAGUGCUGCAAAACGCAGCUGGUGGCAUAACUGCUAGAGCAUCUACUUCUGCAGGAGACAGAGGCAAGGGUACUGUUGCUGCUGCUAAACCCAAAACCAAGAGCCACACUGCUACUCCGAGGCCGAAGAAGCCUCGUACCCUGCAGCAGGAUCCUUCGAGCUACGUCCCUCUUGCGUAUCGCGAGACCAAGGCUGAUGAUUACUACUGGUAUGGCCGCUAGGCUACCCCUUUUCCCUGCUAGCAGAUGAAAUCCAGAAUUGGAUUGCUGAUGAAUGCACCCAAUUCAACUAUCUAUCUAUGUUCUAUGCAUGUUUAAUUCAGAAGAACUUGGAAUUUGCUUCUUUUAAGGAUCCUACCUAGCUAGCUAGCUAUGGCGUGUUGUGCUUUCUAUGUUAUUAAACCUUGCAGGCUUUUCGGAUGAUAUGUUAUGGUACUUCCCUUUUGCAGAUUUUGUUAUAAUCAGUUUUGUUAGUUGUCACAAAGUCAUACAACUAAAUCAACCUCAUUGUGGCCGGAUAGUAGGAUUAGGUUUAGGUACUCCGAUCCAAAUUUAUCCGCUACCUUUUUUUGCAGCACCUACGUUCGGUCCUAUGUUAAUUAAUGAACCUUCUUGUAAUUGUACAUAUGAGCUGUAGUUAGGGUAUGUGGCGGAAAACUAAAAAUGUUGUGUACGGUUUAAUUGAGAGUUUUAACAAAAACUUAAGUGGGAGAUAAACUAGUGUCAUUUAUGAUGAUACACUUAUUGUUUGUAUAAACAACCACCACAAAGAUAUUUUGAAAGAAAUGUGAAAUACAUUCAUUGUUUACACUGAGAAAGUCUCUUUCAAGAGAAAAUCUCCAGUGCUCCGGGUGUAUCACGUCACCUGUGCACCGCCCCAAUCAUAAACUGCCACAUGUUAAAGGUUUAAAACGAGAGAAAAAAACAACUACGCUCUGGCGGUGUGAAAUGGAUGCGUCGUUCCGUCAAUGUGUCCAAGCCCAACCGACGACAAAACCCCGGACGACAAAGAUGAAAUGAGGUAUAUGAAAACAAUAAACAAAGUGCAUCAAA